AUGGCGACAGAAAAUGAUAAAAUGCCCAGCAGUCAACAUACACAUGGUGGAGGCUAUCUGUGCAAUCUCUCUGGAUGGAACAUUAGUGUGUUUGCGUUUCUCAACAACACUGAUCUGUACACUGGACCCGAAAAUGACCAGAGACUCUUCUCCUGCAACUUCCCACCAGACGACAGCAAAUGUCCCGAUCUGAACAUAUCUAUGCAUGAAAACACCAGCACUCCAAUACAAGACACCUCGAUUUUAAAAACCAUAACUUCCGCAAACCCAGCCAACUAUUCGCUUAAAACAACUCCACUAUCUUUCCAAGCAACAGCUUCUACGGAUGGGCUGAAGUGUCAACCAAGCAGCAGCAGUUUCCUCUUUUACUACCAAGAGCAAAAUGAAACAGCAAGAUCAGCUGCAUUACAAGCGACGCAAACAAGAAAAAAUGGCCGGUGGUGUGUGAUCACUUCGGUGUGGUUGGCUCUGGUACUGACUGUGCUUGUGGUGACACUAGUGAGUGUGGGCGGUCUGAUCUUCAAGAGCAGAAAACGAAAGUCCAAUUUGGCCACAUUUGUGCCUGUUUCAGCCAGUGGACAUCAGUGCAAAGAGCUCAAGAAACAAAAAGGAAAUUUAAUGAGAGAUGCCCCUGAUGUGUCCAUAGCAAUGUGCAGCAUAAGUGUAGGCACAGAAAUGGUAUCAGACGGUGCUUCUGAGUUAUUGCCAUGUCCAAGGAACUUGGAGGACUACCAUGAAGGCUACCAUGAUGGUGGUGUAUUCUCUCAGAUCUCUUCAGUGGAGAACAGAACAGACGAACACCAUAUGAAAGUUGCUGAUCUCAAGAGAAGAUUGUCACCAGUCUAUGAGAUUACAGAGUCCUCAUUAGAUGAAGAAGAGAAAAGUGAAGAUGAGGAAGAGGGGCAAUGUAAUGUCUCAAUAACAAAGGAAGAGUUUAUAAAGUCAAAUCAGCUCCAACAUCUGGCAGCACAGGGCCACUGUGAACCACCGACUUACCUGCAUCAUCGAAGCUUUUCUUGUUCCUGUCAUGAAGAAGACGUGGAGCUUUAACAACUUAAAUCUAAAAGAAACAGCAGAGGCACUUUAUUAAAUAGCCCUAGAUUAUUUAUUUAUAACAUGGCAGGGGCCAGUUAACUUAAGCAUGCUUUCUUCAGAGCAAAACAUCAUUCUAACAUCAAACAUAAACUCUAGAACUGCCACCAAAUUAGACAAGAAUCCCAUUAUACUCUUACUUGAAUGUGUAUCUGCACAUUGUUGUUUAUAAUGAGAGAAGUCAGCGAACGCACACGCUGAACAAAACACCGGCGUUUCAGCGAGGACUCAUCUGAACGCUGCUGAUUGGCCACUGCGUUCAUAAAAACAACUGAAUUGUGUGUGAUUGGUUAUAUUUUGAUCUGCUCAUGGUGCAUCAUAUUUCUUAUUAUGCGUUUUACUGCGCUGUGCAUCGCAGUAAAACGCAUAAUAAGAAAUAUGAUGCACCAUGAGCAGAUCAAAAUUUGAUGUCGCAAUAAACACUUUUCAUUUCAUUUCAAUCACAACAGGCGUAAAUUUCAAAUAGGAAUUUUAAUUGUAAGUGUUGGAGAAUUUGAUGUUUCCCAUUCUGAAGAGCUGCCCUUGCAUGCCCGAGAGGCCUUUCAAAUAUGUCCGCUGAGUGACUUGCCUUAAAGCAGGCGUGUCAAACACAAUUCCUGGAGGGCCGGAGCCCUGCAGAGUUUAGAUUCAACCCUAAUUAAACACACCUGAUCAAGUAUUUCAGGUUUAUUUUAAAACUACAUGAAUGUGUGUUGGAGCAGGUUUGGAACAAAACUCUGCAGGGAUCCGGGCCUCCAGGAAUUGAGUUUUACACACCUGACUUAAAGGGAUUUAUUUAUUUUUUUCAGCUGUUAUUUCAGCUAACGGUUUGCUUUGUACAUUCAGUUUAACAACAUUAAGUUAAAGUUAAAGACUGCCCGCGGUGACUCAGGACACUGUUCAAAAUCCUGCCACUCCACUCACAUAGUUUUCCAUAAAAUCACAUUAUAUUUGUCCCAAAUUAUUGUUAAUGUACAUAAUGACUUCAUCCUAGGCUGGAAGAUUGAGUAUUGUGCAUCUUUCAGCACAUUUGUUUUUCUCUCCGUGUUUUAUACGUACAGUACGGUACUAUAAUAAUAGCCAUAAAUUGCAUUUCUCUUUUCGUUUGCUGUUUUGUCGAACACCAUACUUCAAACUCAUCGAUACAACUUUGCUCAUUCCUAAAGCUUUAUUUUAACUUUUUUGGACUGUUGUCUUGAACUCAGGUGCAAUACCUGCGAGUUGUUAUUAAUUAUAGUUUCAUGUCGCUCACACAGUCCAAUGCUGAAAAAAUUUGUGGGAACAUAAUUAUACAUAAUUACCAGUCUAAUGAGAUUUGAUAAUUAUAUAACACCAGUCUAAAGCUCUUGUGGUUAUUAAAAUAAUAUCCAUGUUUCCAUAAUGCAUCUUCACUUCAUCAUAGUUCACCCAAAAAUUAAAAUGACCCCAUGAUUUACUCACCCUCAAGCCAUCAGGUGUAUAUGACUUUCUUCUCUGAGACGAAUACAAUCGGAGUUCCGCCAAAGUUUGUAAUAUUACAUAAUAAUAUAUAAAGUUUUAAAUAUAGAUAUUUAUCUUACACAAAUGCACCGCUUCACUUCAGAAGGCCUUUAUUAGCUUCUGUUACAUUUGAUGUACAAAUAUCUGUAACUAAAAACAGUGAGAACUGAAUAUUUUCACAACAGAUGCUGAAUAAAAACCACACAGUACUGAGAA